GAGCGAAAGGGAAGCCAGUCAUUUCCCUCCAGAGUUUGCACCGUCCAGACAGCCCUGCCUCUUUCGUGCUACGUCACCACUGAGCAGGAUACGCUGAUGCCGACAGGAGGAAACAGGCACUCGUGUCUGCCAGAAGCCGGCUGCUCCAUCCUCUCACCGGAUCUUUCACCGGCUUCACAGAACUCUCUGGUUUCUCAUUUUGACCCUCAUUUUGAGCCUGGCCAAAUCAGACAACAGACUGAUUCUGACUCUUAAGACCUUCUGGGAAUAUGAAUCAUCUUCUUCCACAGAGCAAUUGACAUCAGUGGCGGGAUACAGUUUUGCCUCAAAGAUGGAGGUCAAAUGUGUUUCAGACUGGGACAGGAGGAUUUACAACUCAACUUAACAAACUCCCUCUGUGAAGUUAAUCAAAGUGAUCUGGGAGCAAUAGGAGCUCAAUCAGACCUCGUCGACAGCUGAUGGAUCGUCUUCACGCUCUCUGUCUGACAUGUUGGAGUAAAUUUACCUUUUAAUUAAGGAUUUAGACAUUGAUGUUUAGUGCCGGCGCUUGUUGAACGUCGUGACCUAUAAAUCAGAAAUGGUGUUAAUGAAUGUGUUCCCCAGUAAGGCUGACAGAUAGGUACGUCAUUACUGCUGACUCACUACGUGGCCAAGAAUGCCUCACUUACAUGCUCUAAAUUUAGAUUUAAAGCCUCUAACUUUGAUUUUGCCUGAAAAGAUGGACUAUUGAUCAAUUUCUCUCAUCAGAGUUAAAGGCAAAUUAAAGAGGUUAUUAAAAUCUUGAAACUUCUUAACACAGAACAGUCAUUUUUCUACUAGUCAAGUUGUUUGGCAACAUCACUAAUGAAUCCCUAAAACAAAGUGGCCUCGUCUUAUGAACAAGAACAAGAUUGUUUGACUUCGUCUCUGUUGACUUCUUUGGACUACUGACCCAAUCCAAGAUUAUUUUGGACAUACAGGAAGGGAACAUUACUCGUGUUUUGCUUGAAGUUUCUCUCAAUAUGGGAUAUCUUAUCUCAAAGUGACCGCCAGACCCCCAUCAACAUGGUGGUGACUCGUCUUGAGUUGGAGCUUCGCUACCAGGACAAGAAGCUCCGUGGCGUGACAUGGAAGCUGACGCGAUCUGAACAUGGUUUCCUGCCAGAGAGCUCCUGGCUCAUCGCGGCGCAGGUUAUGGUGCCCUACCUGAUAUCGGGACUCGGAAUGGUCUCUGCUGGGAUCCUAAUGGACCUUAUGCAACACUGGGAGGUGUUCAAGGUGAUAACGGAGGUUUUCAUCCUGGUUCCGGCUCUCGUCGGCCUCAAAGGAAACCUGGAGAUGACCCUGGCUGCUCGGCUCUCCACCGCCGCCAACACGGGCCAAAUGGAUGAUCCAGACAAACAGUGGACCAUGGUGUGCAGCAACCUGGCUCUCAUUCAGGUCCAGGCCACGGUGGUGGGCUUCCUGGCGGCAGUGGCAGCCGUCUGCUUGGGUGCGAUCUCCAGAGGAGGAGUGGAGCUGGACCAGGCGGCCGUCCUGUGUGCCAGCAGCAUCACCACUGCCUUCGUAGCUGCUCUGUCCCUGGGCCUGGUGAUGAUCGGAGUGAUCAUCGGCUCCAGGAAGGUGGGAAUCAACCCGGACAAUGUGGCCACGCCCAUCGCCGCCAGCCUGGGGGAUCUGAUCACGCUGUCCCUGCUGGCCGGGGUCAGCACCACGCUCUACCAGUACAAAGACCUCUGGUACCUGUCCCCCUCGGUGUGCCUGCUCUUCCUGGCUCUGAUCCCGCUGUGGGUGGUGUUGGCCCGACAGAGUCCGCAGAUCAAAGAGGUUCUCCGCUCUGGCUGGCAGCCUGUUAUAGUAGCCAUGUCCAUCAGCAGUUUUGGGGGCCUUAUCCUGGACAAGACAGUGAGUGACCCCAACUUUGAGGGGAUGGCUGUUUUUACGCCUGUUAUUAACGGAGUGGGUGGAAACCUGGUGGCCAUCCAGGCCAGCAGGAUUUCAACAUACCUUCACUUCUGGAGCGCUCCAGGUGUUCUGCCCAGCAAGAUGAGCCAGAACUGGCCCAGUCCCUGCGUCAGCUUCUUCUCUUCAGGAGUGAACUCUAAGUCGGCGCGUGUGCUGCUGCUGCUGGUCGUACCCGGGCACCUGGUCUUCCUCUACGCCAUCUCUCUGCUGCAGGGAGAGGAGGCUCCCAUCACCACAGCCUUCACCAUCUGCUACCUGUGUGCGGCUCUGCUCCAGGUAGCCAUUCUUCUAUACGUAGCCGAUCUCAUCGUCCGUCUGAUGUGGAGACGAAGUCUGGACCCCGACAACUUCUCCAUCCCGUACUUGACCGCUCUGGGGGACCUGCUGGGGACCGGCUUCCUGGCCCUCUGCUUCCGCUGCGUCUCAAUGAUUCACAGUUUGGGCCUGUGAAGUUUUUCACACUAAUCCCUGAACAAACGCUGAGAUAAUACCUGUCUUACUGCACCACUUUUUUUUUUCUUCUAAAGCAAUUUUGAGAGUUUCUCCAGAUCUUGAUCACUGAGCCAGUUCAAACUGAAGCGCCACAAACCCAGGCCUUUACUUUCACUCUCUAGAGGAACAGCAGUCGAGUCUCUGCGCUGAGCGGUUGGCCUCAGUUUGGAGUUGGGUUUACAGAAAAGACUUAGAGCUGCCAUCUUUAGGCGGGCCACUCUAUGCAUGUAUGCUGGAGGACAUGCAAGUUGCUACACACUAAUUGGAUUGAAUAUGAGCGAAGAGUUCAGUUUGCGUUACGACUCACAUGUUAGGUCAAGUAGACGGGGAUGUUUCUGUAUCUCCUUCAGAAGCUCUUAUCUCAUUUUAAAAAAUCAAAUAAAAUUAAGAGCUCUAUCAUGACAGAAAUGUGCAACAGAAGUUAUAUAAAACGUAAAAGGCCAUUGGGGAAGAAAUGUGAAAUAAACAAUGGAUCAUGUCAGAUUUGUUCUUUAGUUGAAGAUAUUGAUCACUGUUCCUUUUAAUCUUUGUCCCUAUUUUCCAUCAUGGCUGCAUCUGUGGCUCUACUGGCUCCAUGCUCUACUCUUUUCCCUGUUGUCAUUCUUCUACGCUGUAUUUCCCUCCGUAGUAACAACUUGGUCUUCAAUAGGUCAGACUGGUACUUGACCACCAUGUUUAAAAUCCACUAAACCGCCGACUUCAGAGUUUGUGACGCACUAAACGUUGCUUUUAAAUCAGUGCCAGUGGUAGCUGGGACAUUUCUGGGGUCUGUUUGUGGCUCCUGGCAGCAGCUUUGUGCUUCUCAUACUGCAUAUGUCUUUGUACAACCUCAACCCCGUAGUGCCAAGCUUCUUUGCACAGAAUGUACGUAGCAUUGUACGGGUUAGCAACAGAAGUGAGUCAAUGGCUCACAUUAUUCAGUCAAGUAGAGAUAAAUUUGUCUCCUAGCAGCUAGUUGCUAACAGCCUCAACCACCUGGAGGGACAGAGCAGUCCUCCAGACGCUCUCAGACAGUUUCAGGUCAGAGGGUCAGCGGCCCUCCAUGUCCUCUACAGGAGUGGUGAACCAUACUGACCAAUCUACCCCACAGUGAGAAGGUAAAACCUGUUUAGACACAAAGGAAGACGGAUAUGUAGCUGUUCUCAGAAAGGAAGAGCCGAGCAAAACUCAACGGAAGGAAACUUUUUGACUCAUAAAUGUUAAAGCACACACUCUUGUUUGUCACACCCUCUCAGUCACAUGAAAUGAAAAGUUUAUUGUCUUUAGAGAAAGAACAGGACACACUAAAAGUCAAAUUAACCACUUUAUCUUUAUCUGAUGAAACUGGGGAUUUCUUCAUUAUGUACAGCUUCUCUAGUUUCUGUUCUCUUUGCAGAUUUAUUUUUAUUAACAAGUUCCAGUGAAACUUUGAGUGGGGAAAGACAUUUGGCCUCACAUGUUAGUGAACUUCCUCUGAAAGCAGAAGCUGGAGCUUCUCUAAAAACAAAAUCCAUGUUUGCUGUCAGCCAAACGAAGCAGGCAGCGUUCACCACUCCUCUGAACGUCUCCUUGGUAGCACCAAAAAGUAAAAAAGAAUCUGAUUGGAUGUAAAAUUACUAAACAAGAUAAUUCAAGCUCAUUUCACUGUUCUUCUCCAGAAAUCCAGUUCAAACGAACCGGACUUUCUAGGCCAACCAGUUCAAUUAUCGUGGCCUAAACAGGACUGGUUUGAAUUCAUCCUUAAUCAACAGGAAGUCAUGUUUUUGUAGUUUCUCCUUGUUCCACACAAGCCAUGCUUCUAUUUCGAAGGUUUACAUUGAAGUCACAAAUGGAAGGUUUGAGGAUUCAGAACAGGGUAUUAGAAAUAGUUUAGCCUUUUCCCAUCAAAGUGUAGCUACCCUGGAACUGAUUUUGUUUCUUUUUAUUCUCUCAUUAUUCUCUGUUCCAUGUAGAUCUAACCUUUUCCAUUUCAUUUAAAAAACUGAGAAUGAGUUCACCUAUUUCACCAUCUGUACAACAUUUUUAUAUUUUAAUUUUUUCUGCUGUGAUUUAAUUCAUAUAAAAACACUAAAUCAAGAUGUUUUCAGCUUUUGUUUGAGUGUUGACAUGGAGGGUUAAAGAACCUUGUAGUUCAGUUCUCAGAACCAUUCAAAUCUCAUAUGUUGACAUACACUCUUUUUCAAAGAUGCUUACAGAAGAAAUCUAAGCCAGUUCUUACUUGACAGUGCUGCGAAAAAGUAUUUAACCCUUUACAGGUUUCUGAUUUUUCUACUUUCAUGUUGUCAGAAAUUGAUUUCUUGAUUGCCCAGGCAAAGUGAGUUAAUUCAUUAUUUUACAAGAGAUGUGAUUCUAUUUUCACAGAGGGCCAAGUUGGUUUGGAUAGGUUUUCUUUCCUUAGUAAAUGAAACAAUCAUUUAAAAACUGCAUUUUAUAUCUACUUAUAUUAAUAUUUGUUUGAUCUUAAACAAUUAUUUGUGACAAAAACAAAUUAAAAACAGAAGAAAUCUGUAAGGGAGCCAUGACUUCCUCACUACACUAUACAUUACAGUAUUUGCACAAGUUUCACACUGAAUUAUUUUUGUAGAUCUCGGGUCAGAUUCUGGACUCAUGUUUCUGUCCCAUCGGCCUGCUGUUGUCUACCAGACGCUCCACCGCCACGGCUGAGUUAGAUUAACCUGAACUGGAACUAGGGCUGAGUCAUGACUCGGAUUUAGCGGCUAAUCAAAUUUAUUUGUUGUUGAGUAUUUAAUUGUAGAAAAAUCUGAAUUUUUUUUCAGACAUGCACUCCUUGGGUUCAGAGUCAUGUAAGCUUCUAAUUAUUUGGAACGGACGACUGAUAUUAAAGCCAGUUUUCACAAAUAUUUUUUGUCAUUUGUAAUUUAUUCUUGAGAAAAGAAGAUGGGGGAAAAAAAACUAUCACUUAAAAUCAGAAAUUUGGUAUGAAAAAAAAAAGUUUUCUUAGCCAGAUCUCUCUGCUCUAACUGGAAGGAAAAUUAUCAAAACACAAUUUUUUUCAGUUUUUUUUUGUUUGCUUGCUUUUUUCAGGUAUGUUUGAUACAUGAAAAGUAAAAAAACAUUUUUCUAUGUUUGAUAUAGCUCUGAUUUUGAAAGUACUGUUCAAGAUUAAAAAUUACUUAUCUAGGCUAAAUAUGCAGGAAAUAUGUCAGCGGUAUAUUUUUAGAUAACUUGUUUCACAUGAGGCAUUAAAAAAGCAGAAAUUUGACAUUGCACACCUUCCACAUGUGUGGAGCACGUUACAAUUGCAAAAUUGUGUUUUUUGACAAGGUUUUGCGCACAUUUGCAAUGGAAACACAGCUACUGAUAAUCUGCAGCAGUUUGCGUGUGUGUUUCACCUAACCUUACAGAGUGGGGUCUGCCACCUACAGGGUGGGAAGAAGAGUGAGAAUAAGACCCCACUCUUCUUCUGUGAGAAAUAGUUCACUGCUAUGUUGUGUUGUACCAGCAUAAACAUGUCUUUAUAAACAGGGCUGGAUGAUUCAAACCUUAUAAUCAGAAUACCAUCAAAUACGUCGAUCUCAGUCAUGCAGGAGAUCCAUAGAGUUCUGGAUUAUUCUGUUAGUCGUUGAUCCAGAUGAGUUUUCACAAAGUUUUUUUUUGUACCUCAAACAUGCUUGUGUUCUGAACUUUUACCAGGAUUAUAUGUGAUAUAAAAAAGUAGUCCACACAAUUGUUCUCCAUAUUUGAGAAAUGGAAGAAAAACAAAGAACACAUUUCCAAUUUUGACAUCAACCAAAACCCAGGACUUAGGGGUGGCUGAAGGAAUCUACAGAAAAUAUGAGAAAAUUCAGGGGAAAUAUUUAGCUUGCUGCCAACUACAUGUUCUGUGUGUUAUUUAUUUGUAAUAGUUUUUGUCACAUUGCAUUCUUGGAUUUUUACAUUUUUACAUAUGGUUUAUCAUCCAGCUCUGACUUAGAGCAUAGAGUAUGAUUGUGUGAUAUUGAACUUGCACACAAACAUGUUUUAUAAGUAGUGAUGCACCAGUCAGUCACAGCCAGUGAUUGAAAUUUGCCAUUUUUUUCCUUGACUGUCUCUAGUCAGUAGUUUAUGUAGUGCAAACUGGAAAAAAUGAAUCAAAAUGUAAACAAACAAAAAAAACAAAGAUCUGUUUUUUUUAAAAUUAUUUUUAAAAACAGACAAAGAUCAAUUUCCUGAUUUUCUGCUGGAUUCAAAGCUACUGGCUGUAAUAAAUAAGUGUUUGACACAUUUACUGGUUCAUUAUUUAUUUUUAUUUUUUUACAUGCAUAACUAUAUGCUAAAGAGGUUACAAAGAAAACAGGAGGUGACCCAGAUCAGGAGCUGAAAACCAGUAUAGGCCAGUAAAAGCCUGACUGGUGCAUCUCUACUCAUCUGUAGCAUCAAGUUGCCUUGAAAUCAAAAUGAAUGUCGACUGUAUUGUUGCUUAAAUCUAAUUUUGUUAAGUGUUUGAAAUGUUUCUGUAGCCAAAACUUUGUACUGAAUUUAAAUGUUGACACUGCCACAUUAUUAUUAGAAGGCCUUUCUAAAUGUAUUAACCUCAGCUUCCAGUGCUGUCUCAUGUCUUACAUGUAAAUGGUUUUAUUUUAAUAAAAAAAUGACCGUCUUUUAGGUGAGCUGCUUUGCCACCAUCACCUGUAUAAGCUUAAGCGAGUAGUGAAAGUCAGAAAGUAGAAAAUUGUAUUUUCAUUGUUUCAUUUAAUAAAGCAUAUCUGGUGGGGAGAGUUA